GCUAGUGUGCUGCGCACGGGAGAGAGAGGUUAAGCUCCCACAGCCACACACACUAUACAGUCUGAUCUUCUACACCCGGUCUCUGCUAAACUUGAUCUAAAAGUUCGCAUUUGAAGAUGUUCAACGACGCUGCUUUAUACUUAGACCCGUCCUGCCUACACCAGUCUGCUUCCUCCUCAUAGAUAUAACUUUAGGCGAUUUUUUUAUUUCAAUUGACCAAGACGUCUCCAGAUUCCCAGCUGCGGAGAUAUGUGCGAGAGAAAGGGGUCGGAGCAGUGCACGGACUGUCUUUCGCCCGCAGAGGAAAAGCGUGGAAUAAACACGAAUUAAUGUGGAAUUUAUUGGAGCCCAAAGCUGGAAGGACGACUGGACACAGCGCUUCCUUAUCAGGGACUAACUGACCAUGGUCGCCGUGUUUCGUUCUCUCAUGGUACUGCUGCUGGCUCAGGUGUUGCUGGGAGGCGCUGCGGGACUAAUCCCCGAGGUUGGCCGGAGGAAGUACAGUGAGUCCGAGAAUCAGAGCCCGGAGCAGUCGGAGAACUUUCUCAACGAGUUCGAGCUGCGGCUCCUCAAUAUGUUCGGACUUAAGCGGAGGCCGAACCCGAGCAGACAGGCUGUGGUGCCUCAGUACAUGGUGGACCUGUACCGUAUGCAUUCGUUGAACGGAGACCACAGCACUAAACGGCCCCGGAGCAUGGGGAGGCACGCAGAGAGAGCCGCCAGCAAGGCCAACACGAUUAGAAGCUUUCACCAUGAAGAGUCCAUGGAGGCCCUGGCCAGUCUGAAGGGCAGGACAACCCAGCAGUUCUUCUUCAACCUCACCUCCAUCCCUGGAGAAGAGCUUAUCACCUCUGCAGAGCUCCGGGUAUACAGGGACCAGGUCCUGGGGGCCACAGCAGCUCCCACCAGUAACACCAGUCACAACAGCAGUAACAGCUCCAGUACCAGUGCUGGUGGCUUCCAUCGUAUCAAUGUGUACGAGGUGUUUGGAGCCCCUGCAUCUCCCCGUGGGGAACCCCUGACACGCCUCUUGGACACGCGGCUGGUGCAGGACUCUCUGAGCCGCUGGGAGAGCUUUGACGUCAGCCCCGCCGUGUCACAGUGGGCCUCCGGGGGGCGCCACAACCACGGCUUCCUGGUUGAGAUGCUCCACCCAGACACCCUGGGGGGCGAAGAGGGCCAAAGACGGAGACGACACGUCAGGGUAAGCCGCUCCCUCCACGGGGACCAGGACUCAUGGCCCCAGGCUCGCCCCCUGCUGGUGACCUACGGUCAUGACAGGCAGGGGAAUGCGGUGCUGCACAGGGACAAGAGACAGGCAGCAGGCCACAGGAAACAGAGGAAGAAGCACCAACACAAGGCCAACUGCCGCAGACAUGCCCUCUACGUGGACUUCAGCGACGUGGGCUGGAAUGAGUGGAUAGUUGCACCCCCUGGCUACCACGCCUUCUACUGCCAUGGGGAGUGCCCCUUCCCAUUGGCCGACCACCUCAACUCCACCAACCAUGCCAUCGUUCAGACGCUGGUCAACUCUGUGAACUCCAACAUCCCCCGGGCGUGCUGCGUGCCCACAGAGCUCAGCCCCAUAUCACUGCUUUAUCUGGAUGAGUAUGAGAAGGUCAUCCUCAAAAACUACCAGGAUAUGGUGGUGGAGGGAUGUGGCUGCCGGUGAGACACACAGAGACAGAAGGAUGGAGGGAUGGAGAGACUCAGAAAGAGAGAGAGAGUGAGGUUAUAUGGACACCCGGUUUCCCAAUGAAGACGUUUUAUUUAUAUGACAGAAAAGACACAAACAUAGCUAUUUUGGAAGAAGAUUAAAAAACAAAUAUAUAUGAAUAUAUUUAUGUCUACUUAAAGUUGGGGAAAAAUAAAUAUUUUACUCAGAGGAAUAAUCCUUUACUGGUUUUGAAAAUGUAUUUCUGAUGUACAUUUCGAAAUGGGUGCAAUACCACAUGAAGUACAAUGCUCAGAUUUUUAUUUGUAUUUAUUUCUAUUAUAACCACUUUAUUUGUAAAUAAAUAAUGUGUAUUUAUCGUGAGAAAA